AAAACAACCUGACAACCUUGGAAGAAUGGCACUGACCAGUGUACCCAUUAAAGGAGAAGGAUGCCCUUUUUGUCACGGGAGGAUUGGCACUCGAGAAAUAGCCAUCCGCAAAAUCAGCCUUUCAUUUCCUCUGCCCCAGCUCUCUGCGUCUUGGAACUCCUCACACCAGGUGCUGCAGCAGUGAAUGCAACACGAAGGUCCCGACGAGUUGAAUGGGCUAAUCUCGGCGCGAUGCACUCCAAUCACGUCCGUCCAAGGCCCUAAUGAGUCGCCCAGAACGAUGUAGAACCAAAACGUUCUCUAGCAAGAAUAGGUAGGCCGUUUACCGCUGGGGCCAUUCGGGCACCCAACAAGUCAUUCCCGACAUCAAGAUGCGGCUCACCACCAGGCCUGUUGCAAAUAUCACACCACGGCAGCAUGGCUACGUGAGUACUGUGGCAGGCAGGCGAGCCUCGGCUACCACAGUACACGUAAGCCGGCGAGAUUGCACAGACUCUCUUGACAGAUGGCCCAGAGCAGCCGUCAUCCCCCACGCCCACAUGGCCAGAACACGAGCCCGGAGUAUGACAUGUCUGUCUCGAGACCCAGAGACAAAAGGCACCCGGCGCACGAGAAAGGGGUACCACUCACACUGCCCACGCCCACGCCCACGCCCGCGUUGCUCCAGCUCUUUCCAAGGUGACUGACUGCAGGCAUCCCAGGGAAGCUGACGGGCGUGCCCCAGAAGCGGCCUCCCCUAAUAAAACCGGCGCAGAUACGAGCUCUUAUGGGCACGCCGACAGACUCGACGGCGCGGUGGUCGAUGGGCAGCCCGAGCUCGUCGGGCUCGGGGUUCCGGCAACAUGGGUCGAUUCCCCACAUUCUUUUGGUGGCCCUUCGUCAUGUUUCUAUUCAGAGAACAUCAAACGACGUCUCCCCUUUCCCUGGCGCGCGUGUGAUCGGCAGCCCGGUGCAGGUUGUGUGGCGAACCAGACAUGUCGCAUCCAGGCGUGGCUCUGGCCAAUGCGCCAAUCCGCGCCUGACCGCCGGGAUCCAGAAGGUUUGGGGCAGCCAGUCUCCUCUGGGGCAAAGGGAACUCCUCAUCCGUACUUCACAGCCGUCUGCCGUCCCGUCGCAAGCACGCAGCGCGAUUCCCAUCGCUGCCUCUGCUUCUGCCAAGCCAUCCUGCCAUCGCUAGUCAUGACCGCCGGUGGAGGCUGAAUUAUUUGGUCUGUUUCCAAUUGCCUGUUGGCCGAGUUUCGUCUCCGUCUUUCCAAAACCCGGCCAAGUCUCAUCGGCAACCCGAGCACCCAAGCCAGCCUUGACCAGGAGACGACCCGUGUGCGGCUGAGUGUUGCGGGGCCCUCAUGCGGGUCCGAAAAUGGAGCGUGUCACGGUGCGGCAGGUCGGGGGUUGGACGGGAGGCAGAGGCGGGAGGCAGAGGCGGGAGGCAGGGACGGGAGACAGGGACGGGAGACAGCGGGAGCAGGACUGGCUGGCUGGCUGGCUGGCUGGCUGGCAGACUGCGAGGUGGGCCACCCUUCGGCCUGCCGAUCUGCCCCCGCUGCGACCGGGGGGUGCUUGCCUACGUGCUCCGGACUUUGCUCAGUAUGGAGGGGUAGCUUUCACAGCUCCGCCAAAAGCAGUUCGUCGACAACCACCCUGCCGCCAUCUACGAGGCCUUUUCCUCGUUCCCUGCCAAGCCAGCGUCCCACCCCCCGGGCACACGGCCACCCACCGUCACCAUGGCCUCACCAUGCCGCAUCGUCGUCAUGGCCAGCGGCAGCGGCACCAACUUCCAGGCGGUGCUCGACGCCGUCGCGUCUGGCCGCAUCCAGAACUCCCAGAUCGUGCGGCUCUUCGUGAACCGCAAGACGGCUUUUGCCGUCUCGCGCGCGGAGAAGGCUGGCAUCCCGUCCGAGUACUUCAACAUGGUGUCGGGCGGGUUCCAGGCCAAGGGAGAGAAAGACGCGGGCAAGCUCGCCGAGGCCAGGUCACGGUACGACGCCGCGCUGGCGGAGAAGGUCAAGCAGCAGAGCCCUGACCUGAUUGUCCUUGCUGGCUGGAUGCACGUCUUCACGCCUUCGUUCCUGGACCCCUUGGCCGAGAAGGGUGUCCCCAUAAUCAACCUCCACCCUGCCCUGCCAGGACAAUUCGACGGGGCCGGCGCGAUCGAACGAGCAUACAAUGACUUCCAGGCAGGCAGACUAGAGAAAAACCGCACUGGCAUCAUGAUCCACUACGUGAUCGCCAAGGUUGACAGGGGCGAGCCCAUCAUGACCAGGGAGAUCGAGUGUCGCGAGGGAGAGACGCUGGAGGAGCUCGAGCAGAGGAUACAUUCCCACGAGCACGAGCUGAUCGUCGAGGCGACCGCCGAGGUGGUCGGCGAGUUGCUGGCCAAGAGGGACAGCGCAUGAGCGUUGUCACGCAUGCUCGAGCAGGCAAGAACCAGCAAGGAGCCCUCAAAAGCAGGGCUCGCCUUUACCGGUCAAAACAACCAUACAUACAUGCCCGGCUGGGCAAAUGCUGGCCGACAGCCGUAGUUAAAAGCUGCUGUCGCCUGCACAUGAAGGCUGAGAACCAUAGAUACUAGUGAUACCCGGAUCAUGUCAAGCUACGUUGAUGGUGAGAUUGAUGUCAAAGCCCGUCAUUGCCCGUCAUUGUUCGUAGAAGGUUGCAGGACACACGGCGCUGGACUCGUGUGCUUGUGAUCGAAUCGUGGGCCAGCCCUUCUGGCUGAUCCUUCAAUUUUCAUGCGUCGAAUCUUUCGAUUUUUCUUUGUCCCUUCUUUUCGUCCAAUUCGUGUGCAAAAGGGCAGUCUCGUGGGGAGAGGCGCCGAGUCAGUCAACAGAGGGCCGUCGCUAUCGGUCUCGGCCUCGACACGCCUGGAUACAACUUUUGGGCUUCACGGACUCGAUGGCGUGCGUGCCUCUCUUGCCCACAGGUUGAGGUUAUGGUCCGCCAAGAACACGAGCGUGGUGACGGAAAAGAGUAGACCGCGGCAGAGUAAACAGGCCGUCAGUGACCAACUGCACAAGCCCAAUCGGGCGGAAGGAAACAGACAAGACAUGUUUUCUGGGUGGUGCUCCUGUCUGUUUCAUAGCGACAGCGUAAGAGGAGCCGCAGGGUAGCCGCAGCAGGUCUUGGCAUUGCUUUUCUGCCUCAAGAUUUCACUUGACCGAAGGGUGGAAAGUUUGUGGAUGCGAGAUUUGCGAGGUUUCCGAGCAGAGAUCGGCUGCACUUGCACUUUUGUUGGAUGGCCGGGUCGCAGGGGGCGAGAUAUGUCAGGAAACCGAUGAGGCGAAAAGGCAAUUGCUGUCCCAUUACUCACGGCGGCAGUGCGACGGUAGCAUUCUCCAUUACUUUGACAAUGUCUGUCUGUCUCGGGGCAGGUAAUGGGCCAACGCGUCCCGAGCUCGUCUCGUGUCUUGCAGCAAGAGGGAGCACUCGAGGAGGGGCGGUGUGGUUCCAUGCCCGGACCUAGACAGCUAGAGCAUUGGAUCCGAGAACCGUGCGCCAUAAUAAGGACCGCCCGGCCGAGAGGGAAUACUAUGUAGUAAUUGAGGCGGCGGGCUGGCGGGCUGGCGGGCUGGCGGGCUGGCGGGCUGGCGGGCUGGUGGACUAACGGCUCAGCUAUAGUUCAGUCCGUCUGUAGGACCAUUGCACGGUCUUCCCAAACACCCUGACACCCCGUCUAUGUGGGGGUGUCACGACCUUGAUGGGGACCUGGUCAGUUGGUGCAGCAACCCCGAGGGGGGUUUGGCAUCUGGCAAGGCGCUGCCUGUCGACGAAAUGCCGGUAGCUGCUGUGUACGUCGAGCUCUCCACCAGCGCGUGCUGAUCGGUUUCGGGGCCAUCUGGGCGAACCCCGACGGCGAGGGGAGGGUGAUGGCUGAGACGGCCAUCGAAGAGCACCAGGAACGACCCCGAAUUGAUCGACCAGGACCCUUCAUCCCUUCACAUGUGUGGUCCAGGUCCAGCAGACAGGCCUGUUGGCCUGAAACCAGAAGGGGUCCAAAAGAGCCGAGCAGGGGUCCAACCAAGGGUCCUGCGGGCGGCAUUGUUGACGUCGGCCAGGGAAUUCGUCGUCCAAGGUCGUCGUCUUGCUCGCUGUGAUCGGCAUUGGCCUCAUUCCCAUUGGGUGGUGGUUGGGUGUUGCUGGCAGCGUGCGGCCCCCAAGGCAAAGAAGGAGUGAUGUGCUGCACCUGGUGCCGCAUGGAGAUAGAACGGGGUUUAACAGCAGCAGCCGCCCGGCACAAGCUGCCCUGGCCAGUAGGGCCGCCCAG